AUACGCCCCUCCAUCCCACAAAUUAAACAUAUCACCGAAUUACGGUUUACUUUCUCAAUCUCCGAAUUUCAACCAUUAAACAUAUAUCGGCGAUCUCUAUGGAUUACUACGGCGCCACCUUAAGCGACGGCUCAUCCAAUUCCAGCAGCGGCCACAGCGAUUACGCACUCGAUGAAUCGGCGGCGGUCGCCUGGUUUGGCAGCAUUGUGUCGGAGAACGCCAUCAUCGUUUUCGGCAGGCGCGGUUGCUCCAUGUGCUACGUCGUGCGGCAGUUGCUCUUAGGCCUCGGCGCUAACCCCACCAUUUACAACGUCGAUGAGGAGGACGAGGUCCCCGUCAUCGACCAGAUUUCUCGGUUUAUCAGCCGCACUGAACAUCAUGCCGUCCAACUGCAGCCGCUUCCGGCAGUUUUCAUCGGCGGGAAGUUUUUUGGUGGCUUGGAUGAUGUCAUGGCAGCUCAUAUUUCUGGCGAUUUGGUGCCUCAGCUUAUAAAAGCGGGUGCCCUUUGGCUUUGAGUCGCAUUUUUUAGUCUUUUUGUACUGAUAAUAAAAUGUAGGAGAUUUCUAUGCUGCCUUUGUUAAAAUGAAG